ACGCAUCAGAUGGACGAUUUUACACCUUUCGUCAAAUUGCCGACUUAAGUCGUCGAGUAGCCAGCGCCCUCAUACGGCGAGGUUUACAGAUGGGGGAGUGUUUUUGUGUAUACAUUCCUAAUUCCAUCGACUAUGUUGUGGCUUUUCUAGGAAUAGUAAGUGCUGGCGGUAUUGUCACGACUGCCAAUCCUAGCUACACCGCUGAAGAACUUCAACAUCAACUCAACGACAGUAGCGCCGUCUAUCUUCUGGCUGCGGAAAGCAACAUUCAGAAAGCUAUGAAAGUCAAACAAAGUGUUUUGAGCCUAAAAGAAAUAUUUGUUCUAGGGAACGACGAAGAGUGUUGUAGUAGGUUUUCUGAUCUUCUUGAAGAUGAUGGGUCGUUUUUUCACAAGCCAGUUUCAGUUCAACCCCGAGAGAUGCCGCUAGUGUUGCCCUAUUCCAGUGGAACAACAGGAUUACCAAAAGGAGUUAUUCUUACUCAUCAUAACAUCAUCUCCAUUAUUCAUCAAAUGACACAUCCUGACAUCUUUCCCCUCACAACAGAGGACGUCGUACUUGGUGUACUACCAUUCUUUCAUUGUUUUGGGCUGGUUUUAGUUUCCUUGUGUAGCGUCAUCCGGGGAUGUCCAGUAGUUGUCAUGUCACGAUUCAAACCGGAACUUUUCUUAACAGCUAUCCAACAAUACAAGGUGACGGUUAUUUUACUGGCUCCUCCUAUAGCCCAUUUCUUGGUGGAGAGCCCUCUGGUGGAUAAAUAUGAUCUUUCGAGUGUGACAACAAUCCUCAGUGGAGCCGCAGCCUUACAUCCACAAGUUGCUGUCAAGUUGCAGACAAAGUUUCCUUCUGCACGGAUUGGUCAAGGCUACGGAAUGACCGAAGUUAGCCCAGUGGCCUGUGUGCCGUUGGUUGGUCAAACGCUAUAUGAAUCAGUUGGGGUUCCAGUUCCUGCCACCAGAAUGAAGAUAGUCUCUAUAAGUGGUGGCGCCACCUUGGGACCAGGAGAAAAAGGUGAAAUUCUGAUUUCUGGUCCACAAGUAAUGAAAGGUUAUCUCAAUAAUCCAGAGGCUACCAGUUUAACCAUAGAUGAAGAUGGUUGGUUGCACACAGGGGAUGUGGGUUUUUAUACGGAGGACAAAAAUUUUUAUUUGGUGGACAGAAUCAAAGAGCUUAUCAAGUAUAAAGGCCACCAGGUAGCACCAGCAGAGUUGGAGCUUUUGUUAAUGAAACACCCAAGUAUUUGUGACGCUGCUGUUGUGGGGGUGCCAGAUCCAAGGGUUGGAGAUCUUGCACGUGCCUUUGUUGUCAUUAAACCUUCUCAUGACGAUAUUACACCACAGUGUGUUCAGGAAUUCAUUGCAGAGCACGUGGCCUCCUACAAGCAUCUCCACGGUGGCAUAGAGUUCGUCGAUCACAUCCCUCGUAAUGCGAGCGGGAAAAUUCUACGCCGAAAACUACGAGCCAAGAUCUUCCCGAAAUAGGGACGAUUCUUUCUGGAAACGAGAAAUCUCCAAUUAAAAUCUAAAAAAAAACAACAACUUAGUAAUCUAAAUUAGUAUGGAAUUAAAUUUGACAAGUUAUGGGAUAAUAUUGAUUUUUGUUUUAUCUGCAUUUAAAAUAUACUAAAUGUGUAUGAAUAUUUAGUUAUAUAUUAUAUUAAUAAUGACACUGGGCUUAAAAUACGAGAAAAAACGUUUCAAUAUACACUUUAGUAAAUACUUACCUUGGAGCCCCCCAGUGGCACAGCGGCAUAUCUGCGGACUUACAACGCUAGAAUCCGGGUUUCGAUACUCGUGAUGGGCAGAGCACAGAUAGCCCAUCUUGUAGCUUUGUGCUUAAUUACAAACAAACUUACCUUGGGUUAAUGACAACAGAACUAGGUUUCUUCUCUUAGGAUUGGUUGUUUUACUGUCACGUGACUUUUAUUGAAAUAGACAUACUCUAAUGUUUUCUCAUUGAAGAAAAUAAUCAAAAAAAAACAUUUGUUUUGAUUCAAUACACCAUUCUCUAUCAGUAAAGAACAGGAGACACUAUUUUUUAUAUCAUAACUUGUUGAUAAAUAAAUAUAAAAGUUUUGUUACUAUAACUAUUUAAGAACAAAUAUGAUCUGAUUAAUUUUUUUCUAGUUAGUCGUUUUGCUUUUUGAUACAAAAAAUGUACGAUUUCUUUAAAGGUUGUUAACAAUGGGAAAUUCUUUUGUAGUUCGAUUGACGUAUGGCCACUGAACAAUUUGAUUUGAAAGAUAUUAACCAUAUGAAUAACAAUUACUUUGAAGAUGUUUUUUAUUAUUUCUUUCAUAUAUUUUUGGAGUUUUAAGUUAAUGCAAUUGUUAUUUAUGAUGGGAUUGUAUUAAAUGAUAAUUUCAGUGUUAUGAUUAUUAUUAUUAUUGAAAUUAAACUUCAUUACACAAUACCUCUCCAGGUUUUGUUUCUCUACCAAAAAGAUGUUACCCGUUUUAGUGUUUGUCAUCUGGAUUUAGGAUUGGCUGUUUCAAUUACUUUAAAACAUAAAAAUGGCUAUUUGUUGCACUAAUUAGUAUACGAAAAGCUUUACGACUUAGAUAAAUCUCAAUUUAGGAUGAGAACCAGAGCCUACUAGGAUGAGACCCAGGGCCUAGUUUCAUGAAAAUUUAAGAUCUUUCUCGAGUUCAUUCUUAGCAUGACUUGGUGGUUAGGGUGCUCUAAUCG